UUAUACGAAAUGAUUUCCAGUGAGGAUUUUUCAAGAUAUGAUGUGCGGACAUACUUGGUAGUGAGCCUUAUUACGGCUUUUGCAGUGUGGUAUAUCAAGUUCUUGUGGAAUAGGAAGUACUUGUAUAUCUAUUCCUGGAAGGUAGAAGGUCCAUUGUCCUUUCCAUUUUUGGGUUGUGGAUAUUUACUUCUGGGAAAUUUAAUCAACAACAUAACUAAGCAGCAAGCAAAGAGCAGAACUGGAAUAGUUAGGUUUUGGAUGGGAAUGAACCUGGUUUAUUUAUUAUCUGAACCGAUACAUUUACAGAAGGUUUUGAGUCAUCCAAAAGCCCUUGAAAAAGACUAUUCAUACAAGUACGUGACCGAAACUAUUGGUGAAGGCUUACUGAGUGCUCCAGUAAACGUAUGGAAGCGCCACAGAAAAUUACUGGCUCCAUCGUUCAAUCACAGAGUGCUGAAUACGGCUGUUGGAAUUUUUACGGAGUAUAGUGUGAAUUUUGCCAAAGAACUACAAGCUGUGGUCGGUAAAAAAAAUUUCGAUCUAUACGCAUGGACGAUCAGAUGUACCUUCGAUUUAAUUUGUAAAACAUCGAUGGGCAUAAAUGUUGAAACUCAAAAAAAUCGUGGCGAUCAGGGAAUAUUAUUUGAGAGGGCUUUCGAAAUUAUGAGUUACAGAAUGUUCAGAGUUUGGAACCAUUUAGAUUUCGUUUGGUAUUAUUCACCUAAUAAGAAGAUCUUCGAUGGAAUUUAUUCAAAAUUAUAUGACCUUUUGCAUCCAUUGAUUUCGAAAAAAUUCAUCGAAUUCAAGAAAGAACUUUCCGGAAAACACUUGGAUGCCGAGAUUGAAGAAGAGUCCUUAUAUGAAAAACGAUUACCUUUUUUGGAUUCUAUGCUGCUGGAUCCUUCCAUAACAGAGAAGGAAGUGCAAGAUGAGGCAGUAGCCUUCGCAUUAGCCGGCAGUGAAACCACGGCAUCUUCCAUAUGUUUUCUAUUCAGCCUACUGGGAUUGUUUCCCGAAGUACAGCAAAAAGUCUACGAAGAAAUGAUCGAUAUACUGGGCCCUGAUCGUAACGUUGAAGCCUUUGAUUUACCAAAAAUGAAGUAUACCGAGAGAGUUAUUAAAGAAAAUCUAAGACUUUUUCCAAUAGCAGCACUUGUUGCAAGAAGAAUAGAGGAAGACAUAAAUCUUGGAGACGUUAUACUUCCAGCAGGAAGUUCUGUUGCUUUUAACUUGCUCUACAUACAUCGAAAUCCAAAAUACUGGACGGAGCCUCUGAAGUUUGAUCCGGAUAGAUUUUUACCAGAGGAAAUAGCAAAGAGACAUCCAUGCACUUUCAUUCCUUUCUUAUACGGGCCCAGGAAUUGUUUAGGCUGGAAGUACGCUCUUCUCAACAUGAAAAUUAUUAUUGCAACAGUUGUCAGAGAGUUCAAGAUAUUCACAGAAUACAAAUCCAUAGAGGAAAUGGAAGUGGUAUUUCAUUUCACCAUCCAAUUGAAAAAUGGUCCGAAAGUAUGGUUAGAACGUAGACGAUAGAUAUUGAUAAAUUAUUCCAUGUUCUUGUAAGAAUUGUGUUUGGGGGUAAUGAAAUUGAAGGAGAUAUUGAUGAUACCUUUGAGUUAAAAUAUAUUUUUGAAAUUUGA